GAUUAAAAUAAUUUCGUGAUGUAGUCGACACAUUUAUAAACAGAAUUAUUAAAGGCAAUUAUCUUAUGAUGUAUGUACGAGCGAAAUAAUGAAAGUGCUGUGCAUGUCCUUUCUGAAUAUAUUGUUUCACUACAUCAAUUCUUCUAUUGAUACGCAAAAUGCAAUUCUUCGAUGGACGCAACUAUAGAAUCAAUAAAAUUCUCCUGUCAUGCAUAGGCCAAUGGCCGUAUCAAACGAAAAGGAGUAGCAGUACUAUUAUUGUCAUUAUAGUAUCUUUAGCUGGUACGCAAUUUGUCGCCAAGAUAUGUGGUUUGUUCUCAAUUGAAGAUAUCGAUACAUUCAUCGAUUCUCUUUCACCAUUAGUAGUCGAUAUAGGAUGUGGAAUAAAAUUAAUCACUUGCAUAUUAAAAGCGGAGAAGAUCAGAGCACUUUUUGAUCAAAUACAGAGCGAUUGGCAGAUGCUAAUGAAAUCGACAUACAUCAAGAUUCUUAAUAAUUAUGCUCAAAAUGGGCGAACAUUUACGAUCAUAUAUGCAAGUUCUUUUUAUUCUGCAUUGGUAUUAUUUAUGUUAGUGCCGCUAUUACAACCAUUGUUGCUGCAUUCUCCUUCAAAUGAUACAACUCGACCAUUAUUACAUCAGGUCGAAUAUUACAUUGAUAUGGACAAAUAUUAUUUUCCGAUCUUGAUUCAUGGAUAUGUUACAGCUAUUGUUUGUGUAAGCAUAGCCAUCGCAGCAGACACUAUGUAUGUGAUCAUGAUACAGCAUGUUUGUGGAUUAUUUAAAAUUAUCGGGCAACAACUAGAAAAUAUAAUAAAGGAAGAUAGUCUAGAAAUAAAUCUUGAACCACCUAUAAAAGAUGAUAAACCAUAUAAAAACAUCAUAAAAAGCAUUCAUGCGCAUAAAAGCGCAUUAAGGUAUGCCAAUCUCCUGGAAGCUACAUUCAAUCAGAUGUUUCUUACACUAGCAGGUUUUAAUAUGCUUAUCAUGAGUAUGACAGGAGUUACGGCUGCGACAAACAUGGACAAGCCGGAAGAAUUUUUAAGACAGAUAACAUUUGCAUGCGCAUUAUUAGUGCAUCUAUUUUUUGAGAGUUUUCAAGCACAAAGUUUGAUCGAUCACAGCGCAUAUAUUCAUACUAAUUUAAUGAAUAUAGCAUGGUACCAAACCUCAUUUCGAACGAGGAAAAUCUUGACUUUUAUGAUAAUGAAGACGCGAGAACCUUGUGUAUUAACGGCAGGAAAGAUGUUUGUGAUAUCAAUGGAUACUUUCUCUACAAUCGUACGUACAUCGGUAUCGUAUUUUACGAUGUUGCGAUCAAUGCAAUAAUCAAUUUACUUUGUUGAAAAUAACUCGUAACUCUCUUUGCCGCCAUAUUUAUUUUUUAUUAUAAAUGCAGUCUUGUGCAGUCUUGUGUAUUUGUUAAUAGAUGAGAAAAUAAAAAAAUUUUAA